CAGGGACAGGAUCUAACCUGUCUGAUGUGGGUGUGCAGUACAAAAAUGUCAGGUGGGCAGAAGAUGGGAGGUCAACAGGAAAGUGCACAGGGGGGUCAGCAGGGCAGAUAAUAGGGUAAAGACUUUGUAAGACAGUGCACAGGGGUUAUAAGUUUGUAGGGCUGUGUACAUGUGUCCACGUGGUGGAGGACAUGGGUCAGCAGAGCAGUGUACAGGAGUCAGCAGAACUGAGGAUAGGGGUCAGCAGAGCACGGGGAGGUGGACAGGAGUCACUGCUGGCAGGGCAGAGGACAGGGGUCACUGCUGGCAGGGCAGAGGGCAG